ACGUUGUCACUUAGUCACAGGGGUCACAGGUCAUAGUCCCGUUCGGUCCCGAUUAGUCGAUCUCUUUUUAACCCAAAUUUGUACAUGGGACCAAUGAUUGAUAAGAUAGGCAGUUGUGCAUACUCGAGAUCAAGAGCAAAUUUUCGUUUGUAUUUAGUAAUAUUAUUUCUUAGUUGCUGGCUGCUGUUGCUUUAUGUCUUGUCGCUUGGCACAGAUACACGAAAUUCCAAGUCAACGAAAGGAAUGGAUCUCCCCACUUUGUAUGAAUAUUACACUGAAGGAGGAAUCACAGCUGGUCUGGAGACCCUCCCUGAUACCUUCCAGUUGAACAAGAAGAAUAUCACAAUAUUCAGUGGGGCUAUUCACUAUUUUCGUGUGCAUCCAGACUAUUGGCGAGAUCGGCUGCGCAAACUUCGAGCUGCUGGUUUUAAUGCUGUCGAGACGUAUAUACCCUGGAAUCUCCAUGAACCAGAACGGGAUAAAUAUGACUUUGGGCAUGGGAGCAGUGACAUGUCUUUAUUCCUUGAUGUUGUUAAAUACAUUAAGACUGCCCAAGAAGAAGAUCUGCUUGUCUUAGUGAGACCAAGUCCUUACAUAUGUGCCGAGUGGGACUUUGGAGGCAUGCCAAGCUGGUUGUUGCAAUAUCCUGGUUUGCGUGUCAGAUCCUCAGAGACACAGUAUGUUGAUAGAGUAAAAAAGUACAACAGCAGAUUAAUGCCUCUUCUUGAAAGCCUGCAGUUUACAAAAGGUGGCCCAAUCAUUGCUUUUCAGCUUGAAAAUGAAUACGGGGCAUUAACAGAAGAUGGUAGUGAAGAGGAUGUGGACUACUUGAAGUUUCUAAAGGAAGAUUAUGAGAAAUAUGGUAUUGUUGAACUGCUGUAUACAUCAGACAAUCCAAUUUCCCAUGAAGAGAGAGGCAGUCUCCCUGGAGUGUUACAGACAGCUAAUUUCCAGAUUAAUCCUGAAGAUGAGUUGUCAUUACUAAAGAAAUUUCAACCAGACAAACCAGGGAUGGUGAUGGAAUAUUGGUCAGGAUGGUUUGACCAUUGGUUUGAAAAGCAGCACCAUACAACAUCUGUUGAAGCUUUCAGUGAUGUUUUGGAGCGAAUUCUUAAGUUCCCAGCAUCAGUCAACUUGUACAUGUUUCAUGGAGGAACUAACUUUGGAUUCCACAAUGGCGCAAACAUACAGGAUGAAUUUCCUCACUAUUUAGCUGAUGUCACCAGCUAUGAUUAUGAUGCUCCACUAACAGAGACUGGAGAUUACACUAACAAAUAUUAUGCUUGCAAACAUAUUGUAGCAAAAUAUAACAAGGUCCUCACGAAGGUUCCUUCUUCACCUGUUGUGAGCAAGAAGAUGGCUUAUAAGCCUAUAUCAGUCACAGGCCAGCUUAACUUCAAUCAGAUCAUUGACAGAAUUGCACCAGAGGAUCGCACAAAGUCUGACAGUGUGGUACACAUGGAGAAAUUACCUGUCAACAAUGGAAAUGGACAGAGCUAUGGCUUUGUAUUGUAUCGGCAUGCUGAAGUUGCAGUUCGCGUGAAUUCUACACUUCAAAUAAAGAAUGGCGCUUUCUAUGACAUGGGUAUUGUACUGCUGGAUGGGGAACGUAAGACGGAGAAAUUGACAUCAACUUCUCAACUGCUUCAGUUUGGUUACUGGGAAACUAAAAAUGCAAAAUUAUCUCUAAUUUCUGCCAGUUAUGGAACAAGAACUCUAGAUAUUUUGGUUGAAAACUGGGGCAGAGUCAACUUUGGGGUCCAUGCCACCUUUGACCAACGUAAAGGUUUGCUAGAGAAUACCAAAAUUUUAUUGGAUGAUGAGGAAGUUACAGGAUGGGAAAUAGUUUCUCUACAGUUUAAAUCCAAAUGGGUAAACAGUUUGGAUGCUUGGGGACCUGUCUCCAGUCAUAUGACUGCACCAACAUUGUUUCUUGCUACUUUACAAGUGGACACACCAUAUGACACAUUCCUUGACAUGAGAGGUUGGGGUCGUGGAGCAGUCUUCAUCAAUGGGUUCAACCUAGGUCGCUACUUUAGUGCAGGACCAACUCACUCACUCUACAUUCCUGCUCCAUUACUGAAAACUGGAACAAACCAUAUUGUUGUUUUUGAGCUGUUUACUGCACAGGCUCAACUUGUUUUCACAGAUAAACCAAUAUUGGGGCCUGAGUGAUACAUACCAGCUUUAAAUAAAAAUUUGGAUGUGUACCAAGAUAUGCAUACGUAUUGUAACAUCCAGAAAAAGUUUGUACAUUUCUUUAAACUGUCUAAUAAUAACAUACCCUUUCAGUUAAAAGGACUUCUAUGUAACCCGACAUAUAGUGAAAACAAGAAAUUCUUACAGAAUUUUGGUUCAGAGAUCUCAGAGGAGAGACCAAUUUUUAAAUUUUUCAGAAGUGGAAGGACUGUAAUCAAAUGUGUUAAGGGAGAAAACCUGCCACACUGGGGAAGGCUGUUAUGUUUAUUGGACAAUGCUAUAGUAGCACAAGGAGUAAAUGCAUUAUUAUUAAGGAAACAGAAGAUGUUGCUACCAUCUUCUAGAGGAAACCCAACUACAUACUCAGCAAAGCAAUCAAUCAAAGGCAGAGAUAGUCAACUACUGUUACCAGUGGCAGAUUUUAAAGCCCAGCAGGGGAAAAAAAAAUGCGAAGAAGCACUUCAAAGUUUCUGUUAAAACACCAAAAGGGAGAGAGGAGAAAGGUGCUUUGAAAGGUACUACAGGACUGGCUUGUCUCGGUGGUUCCACAAGAAAAAAUGAAUCAUCAUGCCUUCG